GAACCAGGAAUGCAGGCUGUUAGCAAGAGGAAACGAAGAGCUAACUGAGAAAAGAAUAUAUGGGCAUGACAAAAGACUCCAGCACUCUAGGAUGUAAAAAUUACCUCUCCUCAAGGCACCAUGGAGACAGAAUAUGUACAAGAACAAUUCAAAAAGCUCCAAGAGCAACGUAUGACCAUGCAGCAGAAAACAUUCACCAACUGGAUCAACAACGUGUUCUACAAACACAGUGGGGACAUUCAAAUUCAUGAUCUCUACACUGAACUGAAAGAUGGCAUUUAUCUCCUGCAGCUGCUGGAGCUACUGUCUGCUGAGCAAUUGCCCAAACCAAACAAAGGCAAAAUGAGGGUUCAUUUUCUGGAGAACAACAGCAAAGCAAUCCAGUUUCUCAAAACCAAAGUACAAGUGAAAGUUAUUGGGCCUGAGAACAUUGUAGAUGGAGACCGAACUCUCAUUCUGGGGUUAAUGUGGAUAAUUAUCCUCAGAUUUCAAAUUGCAUCCAUCAGACUUGAUAAGGAGGAGUUUGGAUCCAGAGCUAAUGUCCUCUCUGCCAAUGAUGCCCUGCUGGUCUGGUGUCAGUGUAAGACUGCCAGCUACUCUAAUGUCAGUGUGAAAGACUUCUCCAAAAGCUGGCGUGAUGGGCUAGCCUUCAAUGCACUCAUUCAUGCUCACAGGCCUGAUCUCAUCCAGUACAGUUCCUUGAGUCGUGACCAACCCAUCAAGAACCUAAAUAAUGCCUUCACUGUGGCCGAGAAGCAGCUGGGAAUCACAAAGCUGCUGGAUGCUGAGGAUGUGGCAGUGCCAUUUCCUGAUGAGAGAUCCAUCAUGACCUAUGUGUCAUUCUACUACCAUUGCUUUUCCAGACUGAAGCAGGACCAGACUGUCCAGAAAAGACUCUCUAAAGGUGUGUUCUUCUUGAAGGAGACAGAUGACCUGAAGCAUCAAUAUGAGCAAGCAAUCUCUGAGCUCUUGAAAUGGAUAAAGCUUAAGGUGGUGGAAUUGGAUGAUCGCUUCUUUCCCAACUCCCUAGAGGAGAUGUGCCUUCUCAUGGGCAACUUUAAGAUCUUCCGUACUGUGGAGAAACCGCCCAAAUACCAGGAGAAGGGAAUAAUUGAAGCCAAUUUCUUCCACAUCAGAACCAAACAGCAAGCCAACAACCAAUAUGCUUACCUGCCCCCUGAAGGAAAGAUGCUGAGAGAUUUAGAAAAGGAAUGGGUAAUUCUGGAGAAAGCAGAGCACAACCGAGGAAAAGCAAUCCAACAGGAGCUGUUGAGACUGGAGAGAGUUGAGCAACUGGUCCAGAGAUUUCUGAAGAAAGCAACCGUUCGUGAGGCCUACUUGGAGGACAUGAAGGAGAUAAUAAAGAAGCAGAAUGACUGGCAGCCUGAUAGUGUGGAGCAAUUUGAGGCAGUUAUGAGAAAGCUUGAAGCCAUUGAGGCAGACAUGCUGCCCCGAGACCAGCGCUUCAAAGCACUGUCUGCGAUGGCAUCAGAAAUCAAGCAAGAGAACUACCAUGGCAAGGUCCAGAUUGCAAAGAAGCAAAAUGACAUUGCACAUCACUGGCAAGACCUUAUGAGCCAGCUCCAAAGACAAAAACACUCCUUGGGAGUGAUGCAAGAAGUCCUGGUCCUUUUGAGGGACAUCAAUACCAUAACAGAGGAACUAAAACAGCUGCAGAUUCUAGUGAGUUCCCAGGAUUGUGGCAAACAGCUUUUUGAAGCAGUCGAUUUACUACAGAAGCACAAACUGAUUGCCUCCCAGAUCUCUUCCCUUAGGGAGAGUGUCGGGCAUAUCACUGAAAGAACAGAAGCAAUUGUCAAACGUAAAUCAGUCAAGUCAGACGUGCUUCAAGCUAAACAUCGGAUGCUCCAUCAGCUGUAUCAAAACCUUGUGGGUCUCUGCAAAACACGGCACUAUCAGCUGGAAAACGCUUUGAAGCUUUUUGAGUUUUUCCAUGAGUGCAAAGAAGAGGAGCUUUGGUUGUCUGACAAAUGGAAGUUGGUGAAGGCGGGAACCUUAGGGCGGGAUCUCCAUCACAUUAUAGCAUCUCUCCAGAGCCACAAGACUUUGCAAGCUGAGUGCGAUUCUCACCAACUGGUUUGUUCUAAAAUCGUCUGCAAGGGCCGGGAGUUAGGUCAGAAAAACCCUUCAAAUCAAAAGGAUAUCCAGAAGGAGACUGACAGCAUCCAGAAAUUGUGGCAGCAGCUCCAAGAUGAGGUAGCCAGAUGUAAAAGCCAUUUAGAAGCCGCUGCUCUCAUCAAACAGUACUUUGCUGAUAUUGAUGAGGUGGAGUCCUGGCUGCAGGAACAACAUACCCUCCUAGCUAGCAAGGAUUAUGGGAAGGAUGAAUCCAGUGCAGAAGCUUUGUUGCAUCGCCACUUUCGUUUGGAGAAGGAGAUUGCUGCAUAUUCUUCAGAAAUAAGCCACUUGGAAGAUCAGGCUCAUUCUGUGGCAAAGCAGGCUGCAUCAGUGAUGGUAUCCAUGCCGACAGCAAACACAGAGAUCUACAACAGCGCAAAUCAGAGAGUAACUAAAGCACCAGCAAGUCAUUCUAUGUCACGGAUGUCUGUUCAAGGAACAUUCACUGGCCCAUUUGGCUCUGAUCCUCAUUUUGUUACAGAAAACAUUUGGAAAACACAGAAUAAAAUUAACUUAUUGUAUGAAAGACUUCAGACCAUGGCUGAGCACAGGAAAAAAGAGUUAGAAGAAAGGAUCCGACUCUACCAGUUCUACAGUUCCUGUGAAGAAUUUCAGUCUUGGAUAGAUGACAAAGAGAAAAUUUUCCGGACCAUUCAGCCAAAAGCAGAUAAUGUGGAGACUAUGCAGCAGAAAUACCAGAGUUUUCUAAUGGAAUUGGCUGCUGGGAAGAGCCAAUUGGAUGAGAUCAGCUGCUUAGCAGAUAUGUUUUCAAAGAGCAGUCCUGGAAAACAGAACGAGAUUCAAAUCCAUAAGGAAGAGAUAAGGAUGAGAUGGGAGCGCUUGGAAGCACUGAAAGAAGAGAAGGGCUCAGAGCUGAUUGGUGUGGCUGAUGUGAAGACAUUUCUUCAGGACUGCCAGGACACUCAAGGGUUGCUACAAGACAAGCUGAUCCAUCUUGAGGACUUAGGACAUGGGAACAUGCCUGCCAUUCUGGAGCCGGAAGCACGCAAGCUCACAACCUUUGAGAGAGAUGUCUUAGUGCUGGAGAGAAAAAUUGAAUACCUGAAGAGUGUAGCCAAAUCGAUCAAGGAUACCAAUCCUGCAGAGAGCAGGACCAUAAAGGAACAGGUUGAAGACAUGGAGGAGCUUCUGUCAAUGCUAAAGUCAAAGGCAGAGGAAAAGGGGAAGGCUUUGCAAGUAGCACAGGACCAACAGACCUUUCUGCAAGACAGCCGUCGGCUCCUGUUGUGGGCAGGUGCCAUGAAAGAGAAAAUGGCCAGCGAGGAGAUGGGAGUGGAUGUGGUCUCUGCAGAGCAACUGCUGAAAGGACACCAGGACUUGCUGAAAGAGAUAUGCAGCCAGAGGCACAGAUUUAAGCAGCUGCAAGAGAUGGGUCAGAAGAUAAUGGAUGGUCCAUCCAACACCAGGGCUUUGGAUGUCUGUGAGUCCGUGCACAAGCUUGCUCAAGAAAGGAAUGAGCUGGAUGAAUUGUGGGCAAAGAGACAAAAGAAGCUCCAGGAGGAUGUAGAACUGCAGAAAUUCAACAGAGAAGUCAAUUUUAUCCAUGCUACUCUCUCCAGCCAUGAGGCCUUUCUCCGAACUGAUAAUGUUGAGGACCACAUGGAUUCUGUUCAGAGUCUCCUGAAGCGACAUGAGGAUUUUGAACGAGUGCUACUGGUGCUGAAACAAAGGGCGAACGCAGCCAAUAAGAAUGGAGAACAGCUGGUAGAAAGGGGCCAUUUUGCUUCUGAUAUAAUUGAAGAGAGAAUGGCUGCCAUACGAGAAAGAUGGAAACUGCUAACUAAUAAAAAUGAAGAGAAGAAGAGGAGACUACUAGCUUCUCUUCUGUUACAGGAGUUCAUUCAUGACACUGCUGAGCUCUUGAUAUGGAUGGAGGAGAAAUACAAGAUAGCAUCCGACGAGUCCUACCGUGACCCAACAAAUAUACUACGGAAGCUUAAAAAACACGAAGCUGCAGAACAGGAAAUGAUGGCCCAUAAGAAGCAUUUUGUAGAGCUGAUGGUGGGUGGAAAUCAGCUGGUCCAGGAUGACCACUAUGCAGCAGAUUCCAUACAGGACAAAAUGUCAGAACUGAAGAAGAAAUGGGAGAGGCUCUACAGCAAGAUGAUAGAACGAGGAGACAAACUGAGGCAGGCUGGACAGCAAGAACAACUUAUGGAACUUCUUGAGGAUGCUGAAGAGAAGAUAGAGAAGGUCGAGAAGAUUCUUCGAGAUGCAGAAAUGGGCCAUGACUUGCAUUCUAGUCGCAAUUUGCUCAAGGAACACAGUCAGCUGGAGAAUGAGAUGCAGGGUUUGGCUGAGAAAAUGAGCUCGAUUGUAUUCCAUGCCAACAAAAUGGCUACAAAUCAUUUUGACAGUGAAAGGAUUCUGGAUGAGACACAGAUAUAUUUGGAAAGGUUUGACUCUCUCCAGGAACCUCUUACUAAGAGAGGCCAGCUGCUGCAGGCAAGAGUGGAAUUCUAUCAAUUCUACCAUUACCAUGACAUGGAAAUGAAAUGGAUUGGUGAGCGAAUGUCAGUUGCCAGUUCCACAAACCAAGGCAAGUCUUUGAACAUGGCUCAAAGCUUGCUACAGAAGCACAAGGAAUUGCAGAUAGAAGUGAAUGCCCAUAAACAGCAAAUCUCCCGGGUUCUGGAGAUGGGAAGAGCUAUGACAAACAGCAAACAUGCCCAGUCCCAGAAAGUCAAGGAAAAGUGCCAGGAGCUGAGCAAAAGCUGGCAGGAGCUGGAGGAAGCAUGUGAGGGAAGAAUCAAGCAGCUGCAGCAAUCUGUUGCCUUCCACCAGUUCUUAAUGGAUAUCUCAGAACUGGAGAGUUGGAUAGCAGAGAAACUCCCACUGGUAACCAACAAAGACUGUGGCAAAGAUGACGCUGCAACUUACAAACUCAUUAAGAAACAUAAGGCACUGGAGCAUGAAAUUGACAUCUAUCAACAUUUAGUAAUGGAACUGGGUGAAACUGCCAAAACGCUGCCUCUCCCACACUCCAUCCAGUAUGAUGAAGUUGAUGCACCUCAGGAACAUGUUCACUUGCAGCUUCAGGAGCUUCAAGAUCUGGCCAUAGCCAGGAGGAAAAAGCUGGAGGGGACUCUUGCACUGCAUGAUUUCCUGAGGGAAUAUGAGGAUCUAGAGGACUGGAUCAGUCAACAGAAGCAAGUGAUCAGUUCUGAUGGCUAUGGGACCAAUUAUGAACAUGUUCUGUAUCUUUGUGCCAAAUAUGAAACGCUCCAACACCAGAUGGAAGUUGUUGCCAAGAGGGUUGCCGCUUGUCAUCAGCUAGCAGAGGAUAUGUUGGAUCAUGGCCAUUUUGAAUCCAGGGAGAUUCGGAAGAAGCAGAAACAAUUGCGGAACAAUUGGGAGGAGUUGCUGGAGAUUUUAAAGUUUCAAGGUGAAAAAUUACAAGAUGCUGAGUCAAUACACAAGUGUUUGCAAGACCUGACAGAAGCCCUCAUCCACAUUGAGGAUAAAUCAAAGGCCAUUCCUGAUGACAUUGGAAGAGACCUGAGCAGUGUACAGUCCCAGCUGCGGAAACAUGCAACCCUUGAGCAUGAACUGUCUGGGAAUGAGCAGCAGCUGCAAGAACUGAUUGAUACAGCAGAUGGCGUGCUCUGCCGGUGCUCUGAAAGUCAAGCAGAGGAAAUACAAGCAAAGCAGCAGGCCGUGGUGGAGAACUGGGAGACCUUGAGAUGUAAAGUGGAACAAUGCAGAGAGCAGCUGGAACAAACCUGCAGACUAUACCGCUUUCAGACACAAGUGAGAGACUAUUCUUCCUGGGCAUCUGAGAUUAUGAGAGAAAUUAUGUUUGAGGAGAAAAUUCAAAACGUAUCUACUAGCGGUCUGAAGCUGACUCAGCACCAGCAACUGUUGGCAGAGAUUGACGCUCGUGAUGACAUGUAUGAACGGGUGCUACAGCUGGGACAAGAGCUGCUGGUGGAACAGAAAACAGCAACAAAAGAAAUCCAAGAAACAUUGCAAGCACUGUUGAAAGAGAAGGACAAUGUGUACCAGAAGUGGGCAGAGAAGAAGGAAUGGCUGGAGAAGAUCCACCUUCUGCAGAUGUUUUAUAGAGACUGUGAACACCUAGAAAAUAUCUCAAACUCCCAUGAGAUGUAUUUGAAAAGCAGUGACUUUGGGAACACAGUGGAUGAGGUGGAGCAGCAGAUCAAGAAACAUGAGGCCUUUGAGAAGCUUCUUGCCUCUCAGGAUGAAAAGGAAUUGUCCCUUCAGGAUCAGGCAGGAAGGCUGCAACAGGACAGUGAACUGGACGGAAAACAGAUCCAGCAGAAGCUCAGUGUCAUGUUAGAGAGAAGAAGAUACAUCAAAUAUCUCUCUCAAAGUAGGCAAGAAAAAUUGCAGAUAGCUCUUCUGCUGGCUCUCUUCUACCAAAAUCUUGCAGAGGCAGAGAGCUGGAUUGAUGAGCGCAUGCAAAAACUGGAGGAUCCAUCUUUUCAAAAUCUCAGCAGUCUGAAUGACAAAAUGAAGCUUCUGCAGAAGCAUCAAGUAUUUGAGGCUGAGAUUCUGGCUCAUAAGGAUCUAAUUCCUACUGUUAACAUGAAAGGAGAAGCCUUAUUGUCCCAGAAUCAUCCUAAAUCAGGGGAAAUCCACCGUAAGACUCAUUUGCUUCAAGAACGGUGGGAUACACUGAAAUGGGCUGUUGCCACUCGUGGAAAGAUGCUCGAAGACAGUAGGGAUUUCCUGGAAUUUCUACAGAAAGUGGACCAUGUAGAGGCCUGGAUCAGAGACAAGGAAGUCAUGAUUAGUAUUGGUGAUGUCGGAAAUGACUAUGAGCACUGCCUGCAGCUGGUGAAAAAACUGAAUGAGUUCCGAGGAGCAGCAGGGGGAGUGACAGUGGAUGAUGCACACAUCAAAGCCAUCAAUGCCCUUGCUGUGAGACUGGAAAGGGAGAAUAAGGAAGAGAUGAAAACAAUAUACCAGCGCCGAAAACAACUCAAUGACAGGUGGAACAGUUUCCAUGGUGAUCUCAAAGCAUAUAGGAGGAAGUUAGAAGAAGCUCAGGAGAUCCAUGGGCUGAUCAGAGAAAUGGAUGAUAUCACAGAGAGAAUCAGUGAAAAGAGUGCACUGAUGCAAACGCUGGAUUAUGGGAAAGAUGUGGAAAGUGUAGAAAACCUAAUUCGGAGACAUGAAGAAAUGGAGAGAGAAACUGGCAUCAUUCAAUCCAAGAUGGAGGCUCUGGAGCUAGAAUCAUUCCCACUUUGCAAAAGCAAUCCAUCCUCCAUAAGUGACAAAUUGACUAUGAAGCAAAAGGAAAUGAAAAACAAUUGGCUACGACUUCAGGGUCAGGCCAAGCAAAGGGGUGAGAAGCUGGCAGCCUCAUGCCAGUUACAGAAGUUUAAUGCUGAAAUGAAGGAGCUCCUAGACUGGAUUCAAGAAAUCAGAGGUCGAAUGGUGGCUGGAAGUCUUCCUAAAAGUGUAGCUGAAGCAGAAAGCAUGAUUGAGGAGCAUCAGGAAAGAAAGGCAAAGAUUGAAGCACGAGGGGAAAGGUUCAGUGCACUCAGCAACUACGGUCAGAAACUUGCCAACUCUGAUCAUUAUGCAACUCCUGUGAUCCACCAUUCCCUCAUUAGACUGCAGCAGGCCUUGACUGAAAUGAUUCAGACCUGGCAAGAACAAAAUCAAAAACUGUUUCAAGCCAAGGACUUACAGAAAUUCUUUGGUUAUGUGGAGCAGAAUGAAAGCUGGCUCAGCAGCAAAGAGGCCUUCCUAGCGAACAAGGACUUGGGGGAUUCAGUAUCCAGUGUGGAGAGCCUGCAGCAAAAACAGAUGCAAUUUGAAAAGGCCCUGGAAACCCAGCUGGAGAAGAUUGACAUGAUGGCCUCAUUUGCCCAGCAGCUGAGGGAAAGUCAGCAUUAUGACUCUGAGAACAUAAUGAACAAGUGCCAGGCAGUUCUCAGGAGAAAGGAGAGGCUUCUGGAAAUUGCUUUAGCUCGCAGGCGUCUGUUGGAGCAGUCAUGGCUGCUGCAAAAAUUUCUGCACAAUUCCUUUGAGGUGGCUGCCUGGAUGAGUGAAAGAAAUAGCAUUGCCCUUGAUGAGAGCUGGAGAGACCCAAGCAACCUUCAAGCCAAACUGCAAAAGCACCAGACUUUCCAGGCAGAGAUUGUGGCCAACAGAAACCACCUAGAAAGUAUCAAAGCUGAAGGAGAAAAAAUGCUCCAGGAGGGACACUAUGCCCCUGAUGCCAUCUGGUCCAGGCUACAGGAAAUGGAUGAGCUUUGGGAUGAGUUGCUGCAAAACUGCCACGAAAAGAGAAGAAAGAUGCAGGACGCUUACAAGGCCUUACGUUUCCUACGCAUUGUGGAUGAUGUGGAGAAAUGGUUGGAACAUCUAGAAAGUGAGAUGAAAGCACCAGAAGCAAGCAAUAAUUUACUGGUUCUAAAUGAUCUCCUAAAGGAGCAGGAAGACUUGGAAGAAAGCCUUGCUGGCCAUAGGGACCAGACGCAAGGCCUUAUCAAUGCAGUGCAAGCAUUUCAACAAGAGAAACAUUUUCUGGCAGAUGAGAUAGAGGAGAGAGUUGACCAUGUGGUCCACAGAUACAAAAGUCUUAGGGAGCCACUACAAGAGAGACGUGGGUUUUUGGAGUCCAGCAGGCUGCAGUACCAGUUCCUCCAGGAUGUCAAUGAGGAGCUGGCCUGGAUUCAUGAGAAGCUUCCCCUGGCAUCCUCCAGAGACUAUGGCCAAUCCCUUGCAACUGUUCAGAGCUUACAAGAGAAGCACCAGAAUUUAGAGAAUGAGAUUAGCAGCCAUGAUGCCUUAAUUAAAGCAGUGAUCAGCACUGGCCAGAAGAUGGUGAGGGGAGGGCACGCUGCAUCGUGGGAUAUCAUGGAACAGGUGAAAGCACUGGAGGUUUCCUUAGGCAGCCUGAAGGAUGAGGCUCAGGAGAGAAGAAAGCUGCUCAUGCAAUCUUAUGAAGCCCAACAUUUCCUCACUGAGCUUUUGGAAGUAGAAUCCUGGGUGGCAGAGAGAGGACUUGUCCUGGAAACCCCAGAUUAUGGGAAGAAUGAAGAAUCAACUCAAGCACUGCUCCGUAAAGUGGAAGCUGCCAAAUUGGACCUAGAGGGAUUCAAGCCCCGGAUUGGGAAAUUGAGAGAAACAGGAAUGUACCUCUCAGCCAGUGACAACCCAGAAAGCUCAGUUAUACUUCCCAAGCUCCAGGCUAUUCUGGAAGAGUAUCUCUCUCUCCUACAGAGAGCUGAGAGCCAAAGAAAAGCUCUGCAAGAGCAAUCACAACUGCAUCAAUAUGAGAGGGAAAUCCGGUUGGUGGAUGCUUGGCUUUCAAGCAAACAGAGCGUGGCUGAAUCAGAUAACUAUGGCCAGGAUUUAGAGGAUGUUGAGAUUCUAGAGAAAAAGUUUGAAGAUUUUAUAAAUGAAGUAAGAUCUCUAGGGCAUGCCAAGGUUCUCCUGAUAAAUGACUUGGCAUCCCAACUCAAGGGAGUGUGUCACAACCAAAUAAGUGAUAUUCAGAAGAAGACCCAACAGGUCAAUGACACAUGGAAGAACUUGCAUCAGGCCAUCCAGAUAAGGGCAGAGAAUCUCAGAGCUGCUCAUCAGGUUCACCAAUAUGAUCGUGACGUGGAUGAUCUAAAGGGGUGGAUACAAGAGAAAGAGGCUGUUGUAGGCAGAGAAGAUUAUGGCUAUGACCUGGCUGGUGUGCAGACCCUCCUCAGCCAACAUGAGGGAGUUGAGAGGGAAUUAGCAGCCAUUGCAAAAGAGCUGGAAAGGGUCAGAGGAGAGGCCUGGCACCUUGGCCGCCUGUACCCUCAUCCCAGAGACAAUAUGAUGAAUAGACUUGCAGAGGUGGACGAGUGCUGGGAGGAACUGGACAGAAAGUGUGUGGAGAAAAAGCAGAAGCUGCAGCAGGCAGAACAAGUCCAGAUCUACUUCAAUGACUGCAGGGAACUAAUGGCCUGGGCCAAGGAGAUGCAUGCCCUGAUUAUAUCUGAGGAAAUGGCAAGUGACCUUCUUGGUGCUGAGCUGCUCAUUAAACGCCAUGAGGAAUACAAGCGUGAUAUAGAGAAGCAGUGGCUGAAAUACGAAGAUCUGGCGCAAGCUGGAAGCAGCCUGGUGAAAGGCGGGCACUUUAUGUCCAUAGAGAUUGAAGAGAAACUCUCUGAAUUGUUGGAGCUGAUGAGAAAGGUGAGGGAAUGUUGGGACAUGAAGAAGGAUUUGUAUGAGGAAAACUGGGAGAUCCAAUUACUGCAAAGGGAGCUGGACCUAGCUGAAACUUGGCUGACAGCCAAGGAGGGUUUUCUGUCAGAUCCUAGCUAUGGGCAUUCUGUCUCUGAUGUUGAGCACCUCUUGAAGAAACAUCAAGACUUUGAGAAAAUGCUAAAGGCCCAAGAGGAGAAAUUUGAACAGCUGAAUAGAAAGACAAAGAGGGAACUGAAGCUAUUGAAACAAAUUGAUACUGAGGAGAAUGGGCAACAAGAGAAAAGGAAAAUGAUCAAGGUUCCCUCCCUAAGAAGAAGAUACUCAGACAGGAGAACAGCACACACAAAAUCUCUAAAUCCAAAGAAAGCUCAGCCGUUGACAUCUAUAUCAUCAACUGACACCUUGAAGGUUCCCUUAGAACACAUUGCCUCUCCUACCCAAAAGUCCAAAGAGAAUUUGCACCAAUUUAGUCUUGGAGAAGAUAUAAUGGUGACUGACUCCAGAAAUGUUAACACUCCUUCACCAAAGUUGCUUGGCCUACAGGAUUCAGGUCUAGAAACUCAGAAUUCUUUGCUGUCUUUGUUACCCUCUAACCCAAAAAUCCAACAAUCUGACAGCGAUUUGGUACAAGUACAUACUAGUGAUUUGGAACCAACAAACAGGGAAGACAUUAGUGAUAGUUCCCUCUCGGAUGUGGGAACCAAAGGAGUAGACACUGUGUCUAAUAGUGGAUCAUGUCACAUUUCUCCAACUUUGGUACCCUCAGAUUUACCUCCUAAGACUUCAGAAACUGCUUUUCAGGUGUCUGCAAAUCAUCAGAGCAUGGAGGGUUUCCUAGAAAAGAGGGACCAGAUUCUUCCAGGAAGGAAACAGCCAAAGACAAGGGCUUGGAACAUAUAUUAUGUCAAACUCAGAAGACAAAUGCUUGACUUCUACAAUGAUGAAAAUGAAGUAUUCCAGAAUACAACUCCAGUCUUGUCACUCACUGUUGCUGGAGCCAAGUGUGAGAGGUUGAUGGAGUAUCCUAGGAAAGAGCAUGCCUUCAGUUUAAGGUUGAGUGAUGGAUCAGAGUACUACUUUGCAGCACCUUCUCAGAAGCUAAUGGAGGACUGGAUGCAAGCAUUGUGGAGCAAGUUAGACGGCCAAAGCAGACAGUGUUCUUUAGAGAAGGAGCAUCUAGUCACUACAAAUGCAACAAGGCCUCAGAUAAAACCUUGGAUCUCUGCCACUGGAGGUUCUGCUGGAAAGCAGAUUGCCGCAGGUCUGCUUCUCAGGAGAACACCUUCCUUCAAAGUAACAAAAGAAAAAAGGCCUGCUGGAAAUUCCCAGGAAACAGAAGGAUUGACACAUGGUUUUUGCACAACCUUUGCUCAGGAUUCUGAAGGCUCUGAUGCUGCUUCUGUGACCUCCAUGGAGUCUGUUCCAGCAGCUCUGCUGAUGCCCAGUCCAUCAGAUCAGCCCCAAAGCCAUUGUGAAGCACAGCCUUAUCCUAAUGGAGGAAAGAAAGGAAUUCUGGAGCAGGAAGUCCAAGGAGCCAAAGCUGAACCGACAACUGAAGUAACCAAGAGCUUAGACACUCUUCAGAGUGCCGUGAGAAAAGAGACAGAGACAGAUGUCAACAAGCAGAAGAAAAAGAAAGAGAGGAAUGUCUUCAGAAAGCUUUUUACGAAGAAAUAAGAACAGCAAAGGGAAGAGAGUGCUCCAGUUGUGUGGAUGUGCUGGGCUCUUGUUUUCAGUGCACCCUGUUGCCUUCAGAUUUAAGUAAGACACGGACAAAAGAAGAGAGAGAAAAGGAGUAACAUGUACACUGAAUAGUGCCACCCCCCAAAAGCAACAACAAAAUAGGGCCACGGCCAAUAAUCAAGCACUAAUAUAAUUUAGAUUGUGCAUUGUAGACUAUUUUAGACUGUAUCCAUUUGAAGGUUAGACUGCUGACAUUUUGUGGGUUGUGUAUCAACAACUGUAUAGGGGAAGCCUACACCCAUACAACUUGCAGGCAAGUAGGAACCUUGCAUGUGCAGGAAUCUCCUUAUGCAGAUACCUAUGUUCAAUGUGUGGGGCUUUUCAUAAGGAGAACUGCUAAAAAAGAGGGGGUUCUGCAAAACAACCAUGAAAAAAGGGGAAAAGUCACUACCAGUAUAUGAAAGAAUGGGCGAAGAAGACAAGAGGCAAUGAAGUAUGUAACUUCUCUCACCUUUUUCACUUUUCAUAAGGAAGUAUAAAAUAGCAAAAAGGCAACAGUUUCACAUCCAGGGGAAAAAAAAAAUCAGAAGUGCCUCUGAGUUCCGUGCACUUUUAAGAACACAAAUCAAGGUUAGUAAAAUUAAGGUAAAUGGCACUCAAUCUAGGAGGAGAAAGACAUGAAUUUUUUUAUGUUCCUUUGUUUUAAUGUUUAAAAACUGUUUUCCAAACACAGCUAGAUUUUAGAAAAUACAUAGAAUGGAAACCAGAUUUUAUUCUGACAUUUCCUUAGUUUAAACUAACUAAAAACAUUUUUUCAUACAUAUCUUUAAAUAAAACCAACCCCACACAAGGCAUUUACUGUUGUAUCUGUUUUAUUAUGAAGUUAUAGUCAACGUAUGUUGCUACAUAAGGUUUUGGUUCUUCCUGAUUCUCUCACAAUAAAACAAAAAGUGCAAGU